UGUUGGUGUUAUAAAAUAUUAGUUCCUUGCGUUACUCGUUUUUAAUGUGAUAAAACAGUUUUAUGAAUAACUAAUUAUACGAGUAUAAUGUUACUAAAAGUGACUUCUUAAUUACUGCGAGCUUUCUGUCUUUUUUGUUAUGUAAAGGCGCCGAUAAUAUGACCGCGAGAUAAGCUGUUGAUUUUCGGCAGAUUAAGGGACGGCGGCAUGGUCGAGAUGAGGGUGAAAUACCUAUAGAUCCUGAGUGUUCCCAGGACUACUCAGGUUCACGGCUUCCUCAUUGGUUAAUGAUGCCAAUGAACUUCCAACAUCUAGCUUAGAGUAAAAAAAAAAGAUGAGUUCUACAAGCAAGGCCCAUAAAGGCAACUAUAGGGCCAUUAAGUCUUCUGAAAAUGAUAUCGUUCCAAACCGAUAUUCCAGUAAAGAUGGUAUCCAUCUCAACAACCUUUGGUCCAUUUGGUAUGGUAUCAUAUGUGCCAUAUUACAGGGAUACCUUGCUUAUAGGUGCCUCAAAGAAAUUUUAGGUUACUCCGUUUUAGAAUGGCCAGACGGACUUCCAUAUUUUGAGCUAAAUUGCAGCCUCGGUUUAAAUGGAGCUGUUUUCCUUUUAUUGCCGAUAUUCUUCACUGUCACAAUUUUAAAGGUUGGUAAUUUGGCUAAUGACGGCUACAAGUUGGGACGUCAGACUUCGAUGUGCAGCCGAGAGCCCUCCGAUAUUUUAGGAACCGGAGGAAGUUGCGGAUUAUUUCGAUAUGGAGGCCCUACGGCUCCCUUUAUACAUAUUGCCAUCGCUUUUUGCCUUUUAAUACCAAAGUUGCUCAUGGAGGCCAAGCUUAUACAGGCUGGUGUAUUGCCGCAAGAUCACGUGUGGCAUACAGACCUAGAUUUCCUAAUAGUGCAUAAGAAUCGUUCAGUGGUUCUUAGUUUCGUUCCGCAACCCAACAACGCUUCAGCCAGUGCGGUCAUACCGUUGAAUUUUGUCGCUCAGCGGUUUUACAAACCUGGAUUGCUCAGUUUUUCUGGCGCUAAUGUUACCCAUACUGUGAUGAAGACAUUAAAAGAUAUUGUUGGCCACGAUACUAGAAACUGGGAUGCUAGGAGCGCGGGUGGAAUCUGGAGCUCUUCUAUAUCACUAGAGUACAUAAACUUAAUUAUGGCUUUGAUCAUUUAUUCUGUCAGAUAUCCAGCCAUAUUUUGGUCAGCCAAUAAAAGUUUGGGCUUGCUAUUCUCAUUUCUCUUAUUUAUCAACGGUUUUCACAUUGUUCUGACUUUUGCUGGGAUUAGCAUUUUAUAUAAGAUCCAUGUGGCCAAUGUCUGGUCUUAUUUACCAUUUCUUCAUCAUCAUUCAUCGACCAUUCAUAACAACUUUGAUAAGGGAACACCGUUUUUACUAAAUGCUGAAGUUACGUUUGGAUUGUACAUGCUUUCGACACUAUUGAUUUUGGCUAGUAGUGUUGUCAUGUAUUUUUAUGGACAUACCAGAUUUACAGCCUUCAUUAACCAUCAACGAGACAGAAAAUUGAUAACUUUACAAGGAUCGACCAGUAAUGCUUGGCUUUACUUUACUCACUGUGCAGCUUUUUGCGUAUUAAUUUCCAUAGGAAUCUGCAAUGCUCCGUUAGUACACGAUUACGCAAUCGUGUAUAAAGGCAGCUAUGACACAAUUUCUCUAAUAUGCGUCAUUUAUGUCAUAUUCCAUCUAAUGUUCUGGAUAUUCAUUUGGCUAUUUUUAAGUAUUAAGAAUAAGUGGACAUUCAAAAUAAGGAUUUCUAUUGGUGAAGCAGUUAUCAAAGAAUCUCGUUCUCUAAGACUGAUCCAUAGUGUUCAUUUAAACAAUCAUCAUGGAGAAGAGAAUCAGCAACCCCUUCUUAUUAUUGGAAAUGGAAGAACCUAUACAGUUUCUGAAACGUCUCCAAAAAAAGCCAUAAUGGAAGUAUUGCAGAAGUCAGCGGCAAUAAAAAAGUCAAAGAGUAAUGGAUCAAUGGCUGCAAGUGAAGAGUUAGAAGAAGAAGUUUACUGGUUACGACCAGCCUUAGAUUCCGCUUCGAAUUCAAAAAACGGUGGAAACAAGUAUUUCCCGUGGUUCAGAAAGAGGGGAAAGCAAAAAGUGAUGUUUAGCGAGAUUUCCAGUACGUCAGCAAAUCGAACUAAAUCAUCUAUAAGAAAUAGCGCCAUACCAGGCAUAGACGAGGAUGAUGGCGAUUAUGCCACUUUAAGAGAAUUGCCACUUGCAUCAACCAAACGAAACAGCAUUGGAGAUAAUAGUAGUGAAGAGGGAAAGUUGUUAGCUUGUGUCCAUGAUGAAGAAAUAACAUAUGCCAGUACCAGUCAAGACUUUACCCCGCCCGUCACCUCUUAUCAUGGCGCUAGCUCUAUAAUGGAGCCUAUCGUCAUCCAUACUGACUUUAAUCAUCAGCCAUCGACUAGCAGCAACUCAGAGAGACUGAUAAGGGCGGAUUCUGGAAUCUUAGCCCACGAAGAAAUACCUGGAAGAUCUAAUUCGAUCAGCACAGAAUGUUCAGUUUCGCCACCUGAUCCUCCAGGUAGUAGCCAUAGUGAAUCAUCAAGUGGGGUACAUUCAAACGAAAGUACCGAAACAUCGGUUUUAAAACAGACUACAAUAACACGAGCCCCCGAUUGGAAAUCUUCACAACUGGAUAAUUCGCAGACAAACAACCUGAUAAAUCUAGAAGGAACCACUGAAUCCAAACCAGAAAGCACUGUUGUGAUAAGACGAAGGUCUUUAAGACCGAAUCCAAAUGAAGGGGUAGCAGAGCACAUACUAAAAGAAGAUCCUUACGGAAGAGCAACCAAUAUGCGCAUGACGUCUUUUAUGGAUGGGAAAGGCGGCAUGGGUCCAUCAUCAUCUGCCACACUGCCACAUUAUCCUACACAGCCCAGUGUUCAAAAUGUAUUUUCUAACUGCUCAACUAUGCCCAUGCCGCAACAUACGUCUCAGAAUAUACCUCAAAAUUUGGCAAAUGGAAAUAGCUGCAAUGUUUAUCCGAACAGGCCACACACAACUAUUCCAACGCACCUAAACGGGGUUAAGCUUAUAGCAAAUAACCAAGUGGCACCAUUACCGAAAAAAACUACAAUACCUGGCGAUAUUGUGCACAGUAUCGCCAAAUUGGAACCAAUUUAUACAAAAAUAAAUCGUAAUACAAAUGAGAUUUGUCAUUAUAGUACGCGCCACUCAUAGAUUGAAUUAAUCAUGGCUCUGUGAGCAUCUUUUUAAAAAAAUAAUUGGUAUUAAUACUAAUUGGUUCUAAGCCGAAAUGGCUUGAGAAGAAUGAGAAAAAUAGAUGUUUGAUACUUAAUUAUUAUUUAUUUAUGCAGUAUUAAGUUUUUGUAUAGUGCCGUUCAGUUCAAUGCAAAUCGUUAAAGAUUUGAAUGUUAGAAGAUUUUUGUACUUUAAAUAUGUUUAUUGAUUUUUUAUACAAGGAAACCUGCUCAAUAAUGACAAACAGAUUAUUGAUAAAAAUAAAGACUAUAAACGCACAAAAUACAUUUUCUAGAGUUAUUUUCAUAAUAACUCAAAAACGACGAUGAACUUCAUGCCUAUAUUAAAGUCAAAAUAUAUCAUUUUACAGACUAAAAUAGUAUAAAAACAGUACAUCAUUAAAGACAAAUAAUAAAAUUAGACCAAGAAUAAUUUAUGAUUGGUAGGUAUAACCGCAUAUCGGCUAUUUUUUACAAUUUAUACAAGAGUACAUAAUUUAAUAUAGUGUAGCAAAUCAGGAAAGAACAUCUAUAAUAAUUUUCACAAUAUUUUUGUUAUUAGACCAAUAAACAAAAGUAACGAUCGUAUAUUGUGAAAUAUUGGGUAUAAUAGUCAUAUAGGAAUAUUUCAUUCCAUAUCACAGUGUGAUAUGAAUAGCGCCUAUAAGAGGCUGAAGGAGUUUUAUUUAAAUUAGCAAUAAUAUUUACUGAUGCCCUAAAGCCUCGUUUAUAGGCUUCACCACUUAAAAAAAGUAUUUUAAAGUAACGAAGAUAAUAAAUACAUUCACUCCAUUUUAAUCAUAUCACCAAUAUAAAAAAAAAAGUUUCACAUUUCACCUGUAUUUAGUAAUAAGACAAUAUCUAUUAAUAAUAUUAGCAUGAAAAGUUUAAAAACCCUAGCUUUUGUAUAAAAAUGUUAAAUUUUAUAUGACAUAACCCCUUAUAAUAUUAGAACUUUAAAAAAAGCCUGAUUCAAAUAUUAUUAACCUCUAUUUACGAAUACAGCAUAUGGAAAGAAUGAUUAGCACAAUACUGGCGGCUAAGUUUUAAUGGAAUUCCUGCAUAUUCAUUAUAUGUUUCUUAAACUUCUUAGAUUACAUACAUAUACAAUUGCCUAUGCCUGAAUGGGUUAAAUAGACUGAAAAUAAUUUGUAAAAAUUAAUAAAUAGCUUUAUUUCCAUUUUUUUAUACACAAGUAUAACGCGACAACUCGGGCAGCCAAAUAACGUCUUAAAGAUUUAAUUUGCAGUCCUUUUAAAUGAAGACUUUUAGGUACACAUGUUACGGCUAUAAUGACUUCGGAAGAUUUUAAAGAGAUCUCUUUUAAGAACAGAAGAUGUAUGUAAGUUAGCUUAAAGAAAAUUUACAAAACAUACAAUAAAUACAUAGUACCUUAUUCUAUAAAGUUUCGCUUAGAGAGGUAGACAUCUUGGUCACCUAAGAUGUAUUUUAAUUGAAAUACAUCUUACAUCUUAAAAUUCUAAACAACCAAUCAAGCGGUAAGAUGCCAUGAAGAUGUUUUUAAGCAGGCGUUGAAGUAUAUGUACGUAGCCUAAAAACAUCGUUCUUCGACGUUAUUUUGCUUCUAAGGGCUGGUUUGACACAAUUUGAUUUCAAAUUAAUGUUAUUAAUGCUUUUUAUAUUUAUUACCAAAUGUGCAUACCAUAGCGUAACAUAGCGCAUAUUUGCGUAAACCAGUGGCGGAAACGACGCUCUCGGUCUAUAAAAAUAGAUUAUAUGUGGUGUUCCCACUACUACCUGGUACCGAGAGCAUUCGAUGUAUAGUACGCGAUCUUAUGUUCUAAAAGAGAUAAUUCUUCAUAUUGUGUUUGUUUUGUGUUUUAUAUGUUAUAAUAUGUCGUAAUAGAUUUUUUUUGUUUUUUUUUUUAUUAGACGGUUUAGGUGGAAAUGGCAAGAAACUAAAUUAUUUAUUAACGUAUCAUUUAUUAUCAUAAACGCUUAAGAAGUUUCUUAUUUAAAACAAUUAUUAAUUUUAGUGGUCGUAUAUUGCGUAUUUACGCCACAACGUAGGACAUUUAAUAUGAAGGUUUUUUUUAAUCUUGACUAAUUUCUACGAGAUUUUUUUCUCUAUUGUAAAUUUUGACAAAACUGUACGGUCCAUUAUUGAUGGACCCUGAUAACACGUAUUGUACCACGUUCAAACUAUACUUACCACAUAUAUAAAUAUCUAUCUAGCCCGUUUUUUAAAAUAAGAUUUUAAAGUCACAAGACUUUGAACACACUUGGUAUUGGCCUAGAGUUAUCCAUUCUUUCCAAACUACAGAUACUUCUUAAAUAAUUUAAUGUGAAUAUAAAAGAAAGAAACUACGCUUGGACGGAGAAGUAAAAGAUAAAAGGUUUUUAUAUCUUAGACUUAAGAUAUAAAAAACCAUCAAUUCAACCAACGAAUUUCUAGAAUCUCAUAUAUGGCUUGCCAAAGAUUGCCAAGGAGAAAAUGGGCUAUUAUAUAAAUGAUUUUAACCCAGUACAAGUAAUCACAUGUAGAUGAUAUAUGCAUCCUGUGGAACGGAUGACAGACUCAAUUAUUUUUUAUAAUUGAAAGAACUCAUCCAUUAUCUCAAAGAGACCUACGUAAGUACAGAAAAAAUAAUAAAAACCCCAAGUCUCGGUCGGUAAUCCCGAAGGUUACAUGUUUUUCUAAUAAAGCAUCAUCAGACCUUAUAAACUGGAUGCUCUAAGUUCGAGAAUAACCUUCCCACAAGAAUUAUAUUUACUCUUGAAAACCAAUAAAACAAUAAAUUAAGCUUCUUGGACCUGAUUUUGAUAAGCGAAAACAAUAGUAUUGACUUAGACUUAAUUAAGGGAAGCGUUCAAUAAGGCACUUAACAUCAUCAAACUAAUUGCCUAUAAUAACUUAUUUCCACUUAGAACAAUAGACAGAAUGUAUUACAGAUUUGUAAAUGCAUUGAGCCAGUUUUUGUGCAAUAGUAAUACUUCUUUUAAGGCACACAUCACCAUUGGGAGUCCCCUUGUCCGGGUUAAGGAUAAGCUAGAUCCUCUCACUUCUAUCAGAGUAUACAAAAUUAGUGCCUAGAAUGUACGGCUGCAGAUUGGACAAUCUAGUAGAAAAGUAUCAACUAGAAUCAAAGAACACAAUUACCAGUUUGAAAAAACCAUUAAUACUGAUAUUGUUAACAAUAAAUCAAUAUUCGCCGACCAUCUGUUAACAUAUAAUAUUAAUAUAUAAAUGUACAUCUUAUGUUUGUGUUUGUUCAGUGGUAGUAAGUGAAAUAGUGUGUAUUUGUCCAUUUUUCAAUAUAAAUGAUUGUAGGUCUGAGGAUUCCGUAUUAGAUGUAAACAGAUGUCACCAGAAAAUUAAACUUUGAUGCUGUGGAUUUUGGGAUUUUGUUUGAUUCUCUUCCUAAAAUCUCUUGGAAAUGAUAUAUACUACUAUACGCUACUAUACCAUACCUUCUUACUAUACGCCGGAUGCUCUCUCUGUACCACAAGGAGUGAGCACCUAAUCAAUUUACAAAAAAGGUCCGGCUAUUCUGCAUGUGGUUCGCUUUUGAUAUAAUGUUAAACUAAAUAACUAAAUGCAUUAAUCUAAUUACGCCGGGAGAUAAAAGCUAACAAAAUACAAGGAUAAAGAUUUUUUACAGGCCUAAAUAUUAUAAUGAAAAUAAUAUAUUUUUGACUGAAGAAUUUUAAAACGAAUUUCCUUAAAACUUUGCCGAUCUUUUUAGAAUGACAUGUUAUCUGCUAUAAUAUGGUUUUUUAUUCCUACUCUCUGUGAAGUCCUAUUUUCUGGGAAAAAAAGAUGCCUUAAGGAUGGUAGAAAAUAAAAUGAGUUUUAUUUUAUUUUAGUUGUGCUAAUGUGAAAAAUUUAUUGAAAAUAAGGUAGCUAAUUUUUCAAGAACUAUACCUAAAUUCAAUAAAUUUUUUACGAUUUGUAAACUUAUAUUUUAGUCAGCAAUCAUAUUGCUUCUUUAUAUUACAUAUGCUUAACAUAUGAUUUUACUUUCAGUAAACUGCUUUCCAAAGAAAAUUAUAUAUUUAAUAUCUAAAAAUCGUAUAAAUAUUUUUUUGUCAAUUUUUUUUAGAGCAAUUUUUAACUUUUUUGUCAAAAAAUACAAUUUUAAUCUAAAAUUGGGAUUGAACUAUAAAUUGGAAAACAUUUUACACCUAAAUGAAUACUCUAUGGAUAUUGGGUUGUGACGUAUAUUACCACUAUGAUUACUAUUACCUAUGGUUGUACUAGAAUGUUAGUGAAUGAAGGUAUAUAAAGCUGCUAAAUCUCGAUAUUUAUAAUAUUUACCCGAUUAUAUUCUAUAACAAACUACAUAAUGUGUUUCCUGAAUAUUAAAGAAAAGAUUUAUAUCAGACACGUAUUUAUUACUUAUUAUAUAAGGAUUAUACAGGGGGUCAAAAACGUGGUUGUUUGUGCCUUCCUGUGUAAUGGAAUAAUAAUAUAUAUUGACCCGCUGACUUCCUCCUCUAAUAACUAAGAUAUAUACAGAAUGGUUUUAAAGUAAAUGUGAAUAGCUAGCUACUAAAUAUUUAAAAAUAAAUUAACUUGUCCAAAAAAAACCUCCCAUCUUUCAGGAUCCUAAUAUACUGGGUGAGUCUUUUUAGAUUUUUUGUAUAGAGAUCAACACUGGCAAAGAAUUAAAGCUGUUUCAUAAUUUGACAGUUCUCUUCCUUACUGGCAUAUUAACAUUUACAUUUAAAACACUGUUGUAAAUACCCUGCUUUAAAUAUUCUUAACUUCUACUGACAUAUAUAUAAUAUAAAAACAAUUUUAAAAAGUAUAUUAAAUUGAAGAUAUUAUAUCAUGUUAUGCUACAUAGGAACUGUGCUAAUUAAUUACUUAUUGAAAGCUCAUAUAAAAUGUCAAUUUGCUUGUAUAAAAAUUAACAUUGAUAUAUGUCAGUAGAAUUAUUUAUUUUGAUAUUUGGUUGAAUGUAUUACAUUGAUAUAAUGUGU